GACAACGUCCUUGACGACAAAAUACACUUGUAAUUUUUUCCAAAAAUAUAUACAGUUUACAGCAUCUAAAGAAAUAGAUAUGGAUGGUAAAAGUAUUUUGUGUGCUAAUCACAAACAUGCUGUCAAAUUUUACUGCCUCAAACACGACUUUCCGUGUUGUAACAGGUGUAUUGCUACACAACAUAAAACAUGUGUAGAUAUUCUCUCAGAGGAAGAUUUAUGCAACGUCAAGUAUUCCGCUGAAGCAGACGAACACAAUGAAACAGUUUGUAAUUUAAGAGAGAAUAUUGAGCCAUUCAAACGGAGUGUUAGUGAUAUUUUAAGUAUAUUAGACGAACAAAAAUCGGAUCGUCUAAAUGAAAUUCAACUAUUCAAAACAAGGCUAGAAAGACAGCUAAAUCAGCUGGUAGAAAAAAUAGACAAUGAAAUUGCAGACUGUUGUGAGAAUAUGAAGAAAGAAGUAAACACAGACAAAAAAAAAUUCAAACAAGUAGACGACAUUCUAGAAAGAAUUGACGGUGCAAUGAGGGGAGAAACAGUAUCUGGUAUGCAAUAUUUUUUGACUAUGAAAGAAAACAAAAAAUUGGUAAAAAAAGCCCACAGACACUUGGAAUCAUUGGCUCCACAAACUUGGCUGAAUAAAAUGAGUUUAGAUUUUUCUCCAAAUCUAGCAUUACUUGAUGUGUUGUCAAAAGAAUCAAUUGGAAAAGUAUCCCUUACCAAAGAACGGAGUCCUAUUAUUUUAAGACCCCCUUCCAAUCGUAACGCCGCACAAGUUAUACAAACGCAAAAUGAAAGAGAAGAAAACAUAAUCUACAAAAACAAAGAAACAGAGAUUGAAGAACAAGAUAAUAAGCUUACGAAGUUCUUAAAGUUUUUUUCUCCUUUUAAAACAGAAGAUUCAACAUCAAAUCUGAGAAAAAUCGAUUUAGACAAAAGACUCAAUAGUUUGAUUAUACAUGAACGUAAUGGUACAGUGAGAUUAGUACAAUUGCAUUUUAAGGCAAAAGAGAUUUAUGAAAUAAUGGACUCCAAAGUUAAAGUUGCUUACGGAAGACCAUUGAAAUAUACUACAGUAGAUAUUUCUGAAAGGAAAGAAGAUAUUCCUGUGUCCACACAUCGAUUUUUUUAUUUUAUACUUUUAUUGUGUAUGUUAAUUGUAUUCAUUGUUGACCACUUAGAUCAAGUGAUCUAUUUCUUUAGCUUAAAUUGGAUUUAAAUUUUGCCAAAAAUUCACACUACUUCGUAAACUCAAAAAAAAGAAAAACAAUAACACAAAGAAAACGCAAUUUCAGAUCAAACGUCGAAGCAUAUAUCAUAUAUAAAACCUUCAUUCGUUCCUUUGAUAUCAUAUUCAUUUUCAAUUCAAAAUAUGUCCUGUCGAUUUAUCUGUUUUUCUAACGAGUGAAAAAUCUCCACGAGACAGUAAAAUGUUGCAUAUGAAUAACUGCGUCUAUUACUUCCUAUUUUAAAUGGCAAAAUAACAAAGUAGACAGUCAUCUGCAGCAAUGAUUUAAAAUUGACAUUAAAUAUGAACUUAUAUUUUGUAUGACACGGAAUCAGGGUAAUAAAU